AAAAGAAAAAUAAACUUCUUUCUUGUUUUGGAUUGAUGUUGAGAUGAGGUAAGCACUGUCCACACAAAUCUGUUAUGGCUGUGAGCCUCUGAGUGAAGCGUUACGUCUCAAAGUAAAUAUCUUGGAGCUAUAUAUAUAAAUAUACAAACAAAGGACCAAUUGAAAAUAUCUUUGAGCUAUAUACAAACAGAAGCACAUACAUCUGGUACUAAGAUCUCCUUUACCUAAUUUUUUUUCUUUUCCUAUUGAAAUUUCAAUGGCUUCCCAAGAUAAACAGCUUCACUUUCUCAUGUUUCCUCUUAUGGCACAAGGCCAUAUGAUUCCAAUGGUGGAUAUAGCCAGAAUGUUAGCAGAACGCGGUGCCAAGAUUACCAUAGUCACCACACCAGACAACGCAGCUCGUUUUACAAGCGUUCUUGCUCGAGCAGUUGAAGCCGGGCUAAAUAUCCACUUAAUACAACUGAAGUUUCCUUCAAAAGAAGCAGGAUUACCUGAAGAAUGUGAGAAUUUUGACACCAUGCCUUCUCUCGGUUGUUCCAUAAAACUCUUCCACGCAGCCUCUUUGAUGCAACAGCCAGUGGAGAAAAGGUUUGAAGAGCUUAAGCCUAGGCCAAAUUGCAUAAUAGCUGAUAUGUGUUUUCCUUGGACAAUAAACAUAGCUCGAAAGUUCAACAUUCCAAGGAUAUCUUUCCCUGGAACAAACUGCUUCUGCAUGUUAUGCCUUUACAACGUGCACAGUUCGAAGGUUCUUCUUAAUACUAUAAAUUCUGAAACAGAGCGCUUUCUUCUCCCUGAUUUGCCAGACCGAAUUGAGGUUACAAAAGCACAGCUACCACUUUCAUUAAUUAGUUCAGAGCUGAAAGAUUUUCAUGAGCAAAGGAUGAAAGCUGAAAUAGAGUCUUAUGGUGUAAUCAUUAACAGUUUUGAAGGGUUGGAGCAUACAUAUAUAAAAGAGUACAAGAAGGUGAGGAACGGCAAAGUUUGGUGUAUCGGCCCGGUUUCCUUAUGCAACAAAGAUGAAUUGGAUAAGGCUCAAAGAGGUAAACAGUCUUCUGUUGAUGAACAUCAGUGUCUCAAAUGGCUUGAUUUGUGGAAACUAGCCUCUGUAGUAUAUGCUUGCCUAGGAAGCUUAUGUAAUUUAUUAACUCCACAGUUGAUAGAACUUGGACUAGGAUUGGAAGCUUCAAACAAACCAUUUAUUUGGGUUAUAAGAGGUGGAACUAGUACAACACAAGAACUAGAGAAAUGGAUAAAAGAAGAUGGAUUUGAAGAAAGGACAAAGGAAAGAGGGUUGGUGAUCAGGGGUUGGGCUCCACAAGUUCUAAUCCUAUCACACCCUUCUGUUGGAGUGUUCUUAACUCAUUGUGGGUGGAAUUCAUCUCUUGAAGGAAUAUCUGCAGGAGUUCCCCUGGUCACCUGGCCCUUAUUUAGUGACCAAUUUCUUAAUGAGAAACUGGUUGUGCAUGUUUUGAAGAUAGCUGUAAGUUUGGGGUUGGAAGAGGCAAUGAAGUGGGGAGAGGAAGAGAAAGAUGGGGUGAAGGUGAAGAGGGAAACUAUUAAGAGUGCUUUAGAGGAAGUUUUGAAUGAAGAGGAAGAAAGCAAGAAGAGAAGGGAAAGAGCUAGAAAGCUUGGGGAGAUGGCAAAGGGAGCUGUUGAAGAAGGUGGCUCUUCACAUCUCAAUUUGACAUUGUUUUUAGAAGAUAUUGCACAACUAGAAGGUAGUAACUAGCUACAAGAGUAUGAAAAGAACUAAAAUGAUAUGUACUUUUAUUGUUGGUUAGGAAAAGUUGUUUUUAACUGUCUUAUUUAUUUUUCUUCCAAUAAAAAAACUGUCUUAUUUAUUU